AUGGGGACCCAGCACUCCUCUCCAGACCGCAUGUUCUCUACCGACGUGGACGUUAAAGUCACCGAGGACAAUCAAUUUGUCCGCCUUUCACACAGUCGCCAAGAGGGCGUACAGAUUAUCGUAGAAUUUGUCCCUCGCAGCUCCGGGGCUGGUCAUCGUAGGAGCGUAGACACUGACGAUGGUGGCGAAUUCGCCUCCCUGGAGAUACAGACGGAGGCUCUUCAGGCGAUCUUUGACACCCUGCGGCAGACAGGGCAGUCGUCCCACGAUGUCGUUCGGGGUGGCGAAGGCGACACCCGCGUCUCGUCACUCUGGCUUGGGGCGACCACUCCAGAAGAAGGUGUAGCCGUCACCCACCUCCUCCAGUUGGCCUUGUUCGGAGAAUCGGGUCUCGCUGAGUGCGGCGAUGUCCACUUCGUAGUGCGCCAGCUUUCGAGCCAGUAG